AGUGCGCGAUCCUCCAUAGUAGAUGACGGGAUCCGUGGUAUGCGCAGAAUAUUUCUUAAUCACAGUUUUUUUUCUCACAAAAAUAAGAAAAUUCGAUCUCAAAUAAAUAAAAAAUAAAUAAAUCUAUUAUGAGAAAAGCAUGAAUAAAUAUCGAUAAUGGCGGUACGCGGUAGGCGGCCACUGCCACUGUGUUGAGCAGUAGCUGAGCUCCAUUAAAAUAAGCUUGAAGAAAUGGGUGAAUCGCACCGCACCCGGUCCAAGGCCGCUCCGGACUGGACGGUGGAGGAAUCCCUAAUUUUGGUCAACGAGAUCAGCGCCAUCGAGUCGGAGUGGGGCGCCACGCUCCCCUCCUUCCAAAAAUGGCAGCAGAUCGUCGAGAACUGCAACGCGCUCGACGUCAACCGCAACUUGAAUCAGUGCAAGCGCAAGUGGGACGCGAUGCUCACCGCCUACAGACGGGCUAAACAAGGAGAGCCGCCGGAUCGGUCGUUUCCAGCUGAGCUGUACGCCGCCGUCGAUCAGUGUGUCUCUACCAACGGAAAAAGGAAUGACGGCGGCGGAGAAGCUGAUGAGGAGGAGGACGGCGAUGCGACGGUGGUGGAGGAGGAAGAAGAGCAAGUAGUUAUGGAAACUGAUCCGGAUUCCGAUCCGGAAGCGCAGGGGCAAUUGACUAAGUUACUAUUUGAAACAGGUUCCAAGAAACAGAGAUGCAGGAUGAAGCGUCAAAAGCGCAGACUUGAAACGCAAAAUCCUUGGGGAUACUUCACGAGCACAAAGAAACCGCACGAAGAAUCUUCCAGCAAGCAAGAAGAGGUCAAGAACACAAACAACGUCGUUGAGAGCUCGCCCGAGGAGAUCAGUACAGAGUUGAAAGAGCAAACAGAGUCGGAAGAGCAAACAAUGGCCAUGAUGCUGUGGGAGAACGCGCUGCAGAUCAACGCGAUCUUGGAAGGAAACCUAGCCGAUGAUGUGGACUACAAGUUGGCAGGUUUGAAGAAUGCUGAGGCUGUUCAAAUCGAUUUUACUAGACGCCAAGGCGAUAAGCUUAUAGACUGCCUUGGAAAUAUCUCAACCACUCUUAAUCAGCUUUGUGACUUAGUCCAGAAAUGCAACUGAUUUUCGAUUUUUUCUUGAUUUUGUAUAUAUAGCAUCAGAUGCAGCUCUGCACUAAACAAAUAUUCUUGAAACCAGGUUAAAGAAAUAGAAUUUUGUUUUUUUUUCC